AUGUAUGAUUUUUCUUGGAUGAUGACCUCUACAAAGUAGUCUAGUAUGUUUAUUAAGUAACUCAAUCGCCGAUGGAAGAUGGCUAAUUUUUGGCUGCUUUUCAGUCGUACACAGCUGUUUGUUUCGUGCUGCUGUUGGAUUUGCCAUCACGUAAUUCCGAAUAUUACUGCUUUACCAGUUGGUUAUAAUUGCACAAUAGACCAGGAAUGCUUAACCUAUGAAUCAUGUAUUAAGGACAAACACUCUGGAUGGACAUCAUGUCGCUGUACACAAGCCCAUUUUUCCUGUAAGAGUCUGGUAUGUAAGAACGGAGGUACCUUUCAGCGAAUAGGAGAUAGCUUUGUAUGCCAUUGUGAUCUGUACUGGACUGGGAAAAACUGUGAAACAUUUAAAGGUCUACCAGACUCUCCUCCCAUCUCUACAUUCUGUAGCUCCAGUGAUUACCAGUGUCGGGACGGUUCUUGUGUGGUCGGUCAGUCGCUGUGUGAUGGUAUCCCAGAUUGUUCGGAUAGAAGCGAUGAAAUAGCAUGCUCAUCAAUGAAACCCAAUUCACAGUGUGCCAUAUGGGAGUUUGAAUGUGAAGACAAGUCAUGCAUUCCUCGCUACAAGUGUUGUGAUCUUUUCAAAGACUGUCAGAAAGGAGAGGACGAAAUAAACUGCAUAACACAGUUACGAGAUGUUCCAGAGCAGGAGCCCAAACCAGCUCCUUCUCCAUCGGGUGGAUCCAACCUGCUCAUCAUCACAUGCACCGUCCUCAUGACAGUCGUCAUAGUAACCCUUCUCAUCUACUUCCGUCGGGUCCGUAGCUCCCAGCGUCGCUUCUACUCCCCAGUCAGCUGGACCCUGAACCAGCAUGGUGAAGCCAUCAGCAUGCCCUACCACGUCUCCCAGCAUGCAAACUUCUGCCACCACCUGCCGCCCCACCGCUGCCCCAGGAUUAACGGUCUGGUGGGGUACCCACUGAGCAGCGGGGAACAGGUGCCGGGCGAGCCCCCGGAUGUUCUACUCGCAACGCUUGAAAUGACGGGAGGGCCACGGCGCUUCACGACGAGCAGGGACAGAUCAAAGGACAACGAGGGCGAUGAGAACGACAUCCCGCCGACGUACUCAGAGGUUAUCAAGUCGGAUGCGGAUACCCGACGGAGAGGCGGUGAUGAGACUCCGCCCCCUUCGUACGAGGAUCUCUGAUUGGCUGAUCUCGCAACGGUUCCUUGAUGGAACUAGGUGUUCAAUUGAUGAGUUACCAGUUUGGUUUCCUUGAGGGAAUUCCACCUCAUCAUCUAGGCCUCAUUUUACAAAACUUGUCAUCAGGGACCAAUGACAGUUUUUGUGAUAAGCUACUGAAAUCCUCGCUUCUGAUUGGUUAUAUAUCAGCAGAUUUUUCACUGAUUUUUGUCAUUUGUCAUUGAAAAAAAGGCUUUGUGAAACUGGUCCCUGAUCGUUGGUUUCGAUCAGGUUUGUAAGUUUCAAUGGCGAUCUCCAUCUAGCCCUUAUGGGGUUAAACCGAUGAUGCCAAGAGAUGUACAUUUCAUUAAGGUGUAUUGGAUCACCCGCUGGUAUAAAGUACUUUCUGGUCAAAGUAUGCAUUUUGUUGAUUUUGAUAUUUUCAUGGUAUGCAAACGAUGUACAUUUAAAGAAGUGAGUAGCGGUACAUGUACAGUUAACAACUACAUUGUUCAUACCCAAGUUUUGUAAAUUCUUUAAGAAUGUGAAAAAAAUGGUUGUCCAAAUUGAUGUUACUUGAGAGUGUGCCAUCAUUUAUUAAAGCUUACAUCUAAAAGUAUUCAACAAAGGCCCUAAUUUAACCAGUCCAACUUUCAUUCUUGAGUUAUGAAAAAUAAAGAAAAGUUAAAUUUACAAAGGAUACAAAUAAUUAAGUUGUUAACUGGACAUACAACGGGCAUACGUUGUUGUUACAGUUGUUAUCUGUUAAAGUCUAUCAAAUAUUUUUCUCCUUUUGAUAUGAUGUGACACCUUCCAGAAA